CCCGCCUCACCAGAAGCUCCUGAGCGCAGGAACUAUUUCAAAUUAACAAAAAAAGAAAGGGGGGAAAAAAAAAAAAGACAACCCUCCGAUGAAUGGGACUCUGCCCUGCGCCGGAUCCUGAGUGGAAGCGGGGCGCAUGAGCGGACAGCAAGGGACGGUCUCUCUCUCUCUCUCUCUCUCUCUCUCUCUCUCUCUCUCUCUCUCUCUCCUCACAGUUCGAGUCGGAGGGUAUGAAAAAAAAAAAGACGCAGCAGUGACAGAGCAGCAGUCGUGCGCAGCGGCGAAAUAGAACCAACUAUUGUAAGGGAGAACGGGGGAGACUGAUAACGCAACUGGGCGAGCGACGAGAGCGGCAGAUGUAAAACAUUUCUUGGACCCCAAACCGUCGCAGCUGGUUUGGUGCCAGCGGUGUGCUGGAUGGGGGUUUGUUACUGCGCUCUCCUGGCCAUCACGCACCGCUUCCAGCAAUUUUUUUUUUUCUUUUCUUUCCAGCGCUACUUGGGGGAUAUCUCGGACGGCUGUCUGUGAGGGAGUACUGCUGCAGAGACUAACGGGGAAUGCCAUGUGUCGUUGCGCGACAUAGAAGCUCUUUGUGGGCUGUUUUUGCACCGGGGGGGGGGACAGGUGGUGCCGUUUGUGUGCCUGUGUGAGAGUGAGUGAGUGAGUGUGUGUGUGUGUGUGUGAGAGAGAGAGUGUGAGUGCGCGUAUGCAUGUAUGUGUGUGUGUGUGUGUGUGUGUGUGUUGGAGCGAGCAGGGGAGGGGGGCUCGGACACACAGCCCCUGAGACAGUUGUCUUAGGGAUGUCAGGCCGGCGUGCGGGAUCAGUUUUUGCCAGAGACAGGUGCGACAGGGAGGAGUAGUUCACAAAAGCCCCGCACAGGAUCUGCUAACGAGCCGCCUCUCUCCUCUGAUCACUCUCGGAUUUUUUUUUCCCUUCUUCUUCUUCUUCUUGUUCUUCUUCUUGUACCCAGCAGCGGGACUCACCAUCGACUCGCACUGCCGGUCGUGUCGGCGGCACCCUCCUCUCCACACAUCGAGCAGAGAGACGAAGACACCGCUAACAGUUUACAGCAGGGACCCCUUGCAAGUCCGCCGUCGUGUUGCUAUGACGACCAUGGCCCCUCCUUCCUUCUUCCUGCUGUGCUGCCUGCUCCGAACGGCCAGCUCGGCGUUCCCAGAGGAGCCGGGGCCCCUCAACUUCAUUCCCACCGAAGUGGUGAGAAGACACCCGGUGUUCCUGGGCCGUCCCCACCGAACAUGGCUGAGACAAGAGCCUCUGCACAUCCAGAGGAUCCUCCAAGUCAAUCGGACGCUCUACAUCGGCGCCAGGGAUGACCUUUUCCGCGUGGAGUUGGACAUCGUCGCAGGAGACGAAAUGUUCUACAGCAAGAAAAGAACAUGGGAGUCGAACAAGAACGACAUCAGGAUCUGCAGGAUGAAGGGCAAGCAUGAGGAUGAAUGCCGUAACUUUAUGAAGGUGCUGCUCAGCAGACAGGGAGGCCUGUUUGUGUGUGGGACCAACGCCUUCAACCCGCUGUGUGCCAACUAUACUGGAGACACUCUAGAGAUGGUGGGGGACACGGUCAGCGGUAUGGCGAGGUGCCCCUAUGACCCCAAACACGCUAACGUAGCUCUGUUUGCAGAGGGGAAUCUGUUUACAGCCACAGUGACAGACUUCCUGGCCAUUGAUGCAGUGAUCUACCGUAGCCUCGGGGACCAUCCCGCUCUGCGCACCGUCAAGCACGACUCCAAAUGGUUCAGAGAGCCGUAUUUUGUCAGUGCCGUCGAGUGGGGACCUCACAUCUACUUCUUCUUCAGAGAGAUAGCCAUGGAGUUCAAUUACCUGGAGAAGGUGGUGGUGUCACGUGUGGCGCGGGUGUGCAAGCGCGACCUGGGAGGGUCUCAGCGCGUCCUGGAGAAGCAGUGGACGUCGUUUCUGAAGGCUCGUCUGAACUGCUCCGUCCCCGGCGACUCCCACUUCUACUUUAACCUGCUCCACUCCACCAGCCCCAUCAUCAGGAUGCAUGGCAGGGAUAUUAUCCUGGGGGUGUUCUCCACUCCGGCUAACAGUAUCCCGGGUUCGGCGGUGUGUGCCUUCGACAUGGAGCAGCUGGCCGGGGUGUUCGAUGGGAGGUUCAAGGAGCAGAAAUCACCUGAGUCUAUUUGGACGCCUGUUCCAGAUGAAGUCAUCCCGAAGCCAAGACCCGGCGGCUGUGCUGUUCAGGGCUCCAAGUUUAAUUCGUCAAACGCCUUCCCCGACGAGAUGCUCAACUUCGUCAAGACCCAUCCUCUGAUGGACGAAGCCGUCCCAUCACUCGGACAAAGGCCAUGGAUAGUGAGGACCAUGGUCAGGUACCAGCUGAAUAAGAUUGUGGUGGACACAGAAGCCGGGCCUCACCGGAACCGGACCGUCCUGUUCCUCGGGUCGAGCAGGGGGACCAUCCUCAAGUUCCUCAUCAUGCCCAACCAGGACAACACCGUCACCAACAGCAACAUCUUCCUGGAGGAACUGGAGGGGUUCAACCCUGACAAGUGUGCUGAAGACUCUCCACAAGCCAGGCAGCUGUUGUCUCUGACUCUGGACCGGGCGAGCCACACUCUGCUCCUCGCCUUCCCCUCCUGUGUGGUCAGAGUGCCAGUGGCACGCUGCCAGCUCUACUCCCGGUGCAUGAAGAACUGUAUCGCCUCCAGGGAUCCUUACUGUGGAUGGACCAGAGGAAGCACCUGCUCUUUCCUCAGACCUGGGACCAGACUGCCGUUCGAGCAAGAUGUUGAACAGGGAAACGUGGCCCACUUGGGUGACUGUGACGGGUUGCUGCUCCAGGAGAGUUUCAUCGAGGAGCCCGAUGGACUGGUGUCUGUAAACCUGCUGGUGGUGUCUGCUGUCUCGGCCUUCGCAACCGGAGCUAUCCUCUCGGGCCUCACUGUCUGCUGGAUCAUGAGUCAUCGCCACCGCCACUCUCGAGGCUCAGGAGGCAACGGUGCCCGCCGCAAGAAUGACAAAGAGCAGAGCAUGCUGGGGCAGGGCCGCAGCGGGUCAGUAAUGAGUGUAACGAGAACCAGCGGCGGCGAGAGGCGUCGUUCACAGGCGGACAACCCGUUUGUCACACCCAACGGCUGGCCUAAAGGAGAGAUGGACCCUGGUUUGCUGCCCACCCCGGAGCAGACCCCGCUGCAGCAGAAACGAGCCAUGCGUCUCCCAGACACCGACUGGGACCAGAGCCAGACCUUCCUCACCGCCGUGGGGACACCCUGCCCCAACAACUCCGUCAUCUACCUGAGCUCCAAGUUCCUGCACGGAGGCGGAGGGGGAGGAGGGAUGGUCCGGAUAGAGGACCCAGGGGAAGUCAUGCUGCCCCCGCACACGGAACGCCAGCGCUACCUGAUCCUCGCCACCCAGAGAGGGGAGCAUGGUGGCAGUCGUCCCAGCGGCGCCCUGAGAAACUCAGCGGGAGAAUACAUCUACCCCGCCACGCCGCAGGACUCCCCCGACCGACGGAGGGUGGUUUCGGCUCCCACUCCCCACAUGGACUAUGGGGAGCCUCGCUGGAGUCACGAGGCACUCAACUACAACAGCAACAAUGGAGCGCCCUAUCACCCCCAGCGUCAGGGCCUCAUCAGGCCAGACAUGCAUGGGCCUCGAGGGCUGGGAGAACUGGCUGACUUCAGCCACCUUCUAGGGAAGAACAUGGGAGAGCGCACCCCAAGUGGCCAGUGAGGAGAAGAACGUGAGCUCUCUCUGAACACCCAUUCCCUCCAACAGCAGACUGGAAUAAAUCAACCCCUCAGACUCACUGUCCCGGUCCAACCUUACCCUGUCUGUCCUCUCUCACUGUCAUUCAAUGUUCUGACGUCAUUCAGCUGACUGAAGAGAGAGACAGAGAGAAAUGAAACAAAGAGAGAGUUGAAAAAGAGGAGGAAACUCUCCUCACGUCUACAGCUCCUCUGCUCUUAACCUGAGGCGCACCCCUCUGCUCUGUUUGUGGUACGACCCGCAGAGCUUGACUUUGACACCACAGGACGAACAGAAAGGCAAUGAGGAGGGGUGCAAAGGAAAGGGAAACUUCUCAGUGGAACAUGUAGGGAGGGAAAAAAAAAAAAAAAGACUAUUUCGCUUUCAGCGCCAAAUGUGAAAGGUCUCCCUCCGCCAUUUUGUUCACUGUUUUGACACCAUGGAUCUUGUUUGAUUGUGAAAUUUUGUUUCUGCUUUUGUUUUCCUGUGCCAGUGGCAUCCAGCAGACAACAAUGUGCUUUACUAUGGAUUUCAGACGACACUAAAAACUGUUGUAGCCGUGCCAGAGGGCAUUGACUCUCAAUCAUGCAGUGUGUGUGUGUGUGUGUGUGUGUGUGUGUGUGUGUGUGUGUGUGUGUGUGUGUGUGUGUGUGUGUGUGUGCGUGUGUGAUCGUGUGAAUGUGAGUGGCCACAACAACCCCAACCAGUGUCCCGUCUUUUACUGUGAAGUAUAACUGCGUAAUGACAUUUCUGUGAAGCAGGAGGUUGAUGUUAACAUUAUUUCCCCGUUUUUUUUGUUUUUAUAUAUAUAUAUAUAUAUAUAUAUAUAUAUAUAUAUAUAUAUAUAUA